UGUAAACGUGGCCCGUUUCAUGUUAUGUGCGAGGUCACUUCUUCAUGAUCAUAGUUAAAAAUGGAAGAAAAUAAUUGGGGUUGGCUUGCACGAUUUGAGAAAUUUGGACGACUUGGUGAUAGCAAAGAUAAUUUCCAACCUAUUGAAUAUUCCGAAGCUAAAUCAAAACACCCGUCAUUUACCCAUGCAUCUCACGGAAUGAUAUUUGCAAGAGAUGACAGAGUACUUUGGGAUUUAUAUAAAGCACGAGGAGCUGUUCUUAUGCAGAUGAGAUUUGAUGGUGUGAUAGGCUUCCCUGGAGGUCUAGUUGAGAAGGGAGAACACCCAGUAUGCGGCUUGAACCGGGAAAUGCAAGAGGAGAUCAGCCUAGACUUGACGAGUCACAGAUUCACAGACCACGAUCAUGUUGUCUCUUUUCUCAAUGAGGACAAGUCACUAGUGUUACACUUCUACAAAAAGGAGGUCUCCAUGGAAGAGUUCAAGGCACUGGAGAUUAAGAAUCUACAGGCUCCAGAGUAUGGCAUUGAGACAUAUGGUAUCAUCAGACCGCCUCUGUUUACAAUGGGGGACGGUAUACGAGGACUUCCGGCGUUUCUAGCCAAUCAUUUUGCAGGGAAUGCCCGGGAGGAAUUGGUCAUGGCGCUGAGUUUAAGUAAUCUCCUCAGUCAAGAAGAACUGCAAGUAGCUCUCAAAGCUUCACAAACAUUCCAAGAGACAUGCUUUGUGAACCGGAAUCAAACACACAAGCAUGAUUAAUGAAAUAUGCUACUCAGAAGAAGUUAAGGACAACCUGAUUCUUUCAUAUUACGUGCCAUGACAGAUUCACUAUAUAAAUAUGAAAGAAGGUGGUACAUAACUUCUUUUGAGUGGUACAGAUUUGACACCUGCGUCAUUUAGUUUAUUUGUUACAUUCCAUCUUCCUGUGAUACUGAAUAUUUUAAGUAUUCAAUGUGGUUGUCAUGGUUAUUUGAACUGUUUGAGGUGAGAAGUGAUUUCCUAGAUCACUGGAUAUCAUGGCCUCAGUAUACAGGGUGUUCUUCAUCAGCUGUAUUUUGAAUGUGUCUGUUGAUUGUGGGGGUAUUUGUUUGUUUGUUUUUAAGGUCCUAAUUUAAAGAUAACAGUAUAACCAUUUUUGUGUCUUUAUGAAUUUCUCUCUUCGAUUUAUGUGAAACUAUUAGGGAAGAGCCUAAAAUCUAUGAAGCCAUAUUUUCAGGCAGAAAUGAAAUGUGCAUCACCUUGUUUACAUGAACUGGUCACAUGACGCGCCCCCCCCCCCCAAGUUAUUUUAAAGUAAGUGGCUUAUCUGUGUUGUAGUUGUAAUAUUCCCAAACCGUCACAUUUGCUCAUUUUGGAUAAUUAUGUUUUCUCUUUUAAUGAAAAUGAGCAAAUCUAGCUCAGUUGCAAUCACAUACGACAUGGUGUUGGCAAUAAUUAGCGUCUCUCUAAACUGGUCAUCUGACAGUUGGGAUGAAAAUACUUCAGAUUGAACCCGUCAUUAUGGCCCUUUUGCAAUAUUUAGCAGUGUCUCAGAAUUUACAGACUGUGUUGCAGAGUAUUGGGGUAAUAUCACAUCACCUGACAGAAGGCAGUUAAUGCAAAACAAAGUAAAACCUGCAGACCAUGUCAUAGUACACAAUAGGUGAGGCUGCAUUACAUGACACUGUUACGAAAAUGACAAUUGAAAAUAGAAUACUUAUAUAUAUAAACCCUCUUCCCAAAAGCAAAAUCUAUUAAUUCUUUUUAUGAUGAGUUUAGUGAUGAAAUACUGUACUUAAUCCCCUAAUACACAAUCAAUAAAUGUCACAGGAGUGAGAUAACACCGCAAGAGUUACUGUCAGUCUACCUCACAUGCACUGGUUUUCAGCAUAAUAUUGUGAAAUUAUCCUAGAAAAUACAUGAUAAAUAGAAUAUUUGUCUUUCUAUAUAUAUAUAUAUAUGUAAGUACAAGGUAUACAACUGUUAUUUCACUCAGGUCAAAUAACACUUUAUGUCGGAACUACUUCGACCUUCGACCCUACCUUUAAGAUCAGGAAAAAUUAUGUAAACAUUAGAACAUUUGUCAUGUCAAAAGCAUGUUUAUCUCAUCAUGUGACCUGAUAAAGUUAACAUUUUCACUUGUGUCUACACCACUUUGUUACGUCAGUCUAUGAGAUAAACAUGUUAUUUGACCAAAGACGCUACAUAUCUUCUAUGCAACUACAACAGCACUUGUCAACCCCAGAGAAAGUGCUAUUAAUCUUUACUGCUUCUUUAGGCUGGGGAAGAGUUAUGUCCCUUGAUUUUCGUAACCCUCAAACUGAUAUUGACAAAUAGAUCUGUUUCACCAGCAGGAUUAAGGCUUUGUUUAGAUUUUGUUGUUGGUCAUACCUGAUAUUGCCAAACUGUGUUAUCACCUGGCCAUUGAUCUGAUCCAUCAUGUCUUUUUAAUAAUGACAAGCAUAGGCUCCUGGAGACCUUACCUGGAAUCGCUUUUUUCAAAACAAGGUUUCAUUUUUGUAAUAAAUACAUCUUAGUGUUUAAUUUAAUUAUGGGGAGGGGGGGGGAUAUUUAAAAAUAUUUUAAUAUUUAUUAAUUAGUAGUGGUGGGACGAUACACCGAUCCAUCGGUGGAUUGGGAUACUUUACUUCCCGAUACAAGUAUCAAUCACAGUUGCACAAAAAGUAAAGAAUAUCAUUUCAUACCUUAAAUGUUUACUUUAAUAGUUGUUAUACCAAACACUAAUUAGUAGUGAAAAAGUAAAUAUUUUCAUCCAUUGCGCCAUGCUAGACACUGCCAACUGUAAAUCAUCACUGUUUCAGGUAUUUGACUAUCCUGUCUAUGAAAAAUAUGGGUUACGCACUACAGGUACGAGCACAUACAAAUAUUGUGAUAUGUAUCGGAUCGUGAGCAAGGUAUCAUGAUACAUAUUGGAUCGCACAGUUGGUGUAUUGUCCAGGCCGAAUUAAGUAGUCAUUCUCAUUCUCAUGAGAUGAUCACUGGCAGCAAGCAGUUAUAAGGUAUACACAGAUUUCAGUCAAGUCCCUGUGAUAAUAUAGAUGGCACUUAGACAAACUGUUCUUUCUACUUCUAUCUUUUUAAUGAAUAUUUUAGAAAAAAUGUCUUGCCUUCAUCAUGUUUUCUCAUUGUUUUUCAUCAUUAGUGGUUAUUACUGUUUGUAAUGUGUGCAAUUCACGAACAAAUGAUAGGCUUUGUAUUUGUUACUGUUACUGGUUUAUUCUUUAACAAGAUUUGGUUUUAUACUCCCACCUGUAUUCACUAUGAGCUCGGGGGCACGGGUGGCCCAGUCGCCUAAGGCGCCGCGAUUCGCUGUGCAGAGUUGCGUCCCUUAGGCACGCCAGAAACCUAUGAUUCUGGGUUCGAAUCCCGACUCGCCCCGAUUAUGUUU